UCCAGCGCGGCGCCAGCAGGCCAGGCCCAGACUCGAAUAAACAUCUUUUACGCCCUUCAUCUGUCCAAAAUGCACACGUGGAGGCCAAAUGGAGCGCGCAGGGAGAUCGCGGAUGCGCGCCAGGCGGUCUUUUAAGAUGCUGAGCUUCAUCUGAUGAACACGAACAGACUCUUGAGUCAACAGAAGAAACUCGGAUCCAGUCAGUUCUAAAGCCACUCAUGACCGCAGCCCUCUUGGGGUUGCUAUGGCAGGUGCUGUCAUCGAAACCAAGUGCUGGACACAGGCCUGUCCCACCAAAGUAGGACAGACCACGCGUCAUUGCCAAAAGAGAUCAUUAAAUAGUCAACAAACUGCACUUAGUAUUAUUGCAAGCACACAGAGAUAACGCAACCAGCCUGAGACCAGAGAGUGGAUGGCCAGCUACCUGUAGAAUCCUCAUGAGUGUUGCUUGUACCUGCUCCUCCUCAGUCAGUUCAUCUCUGCAACACAACCCAACACCAUCCCCGUGGGACCAUGUUCCACCAGCAAGAACAACUAAAGGGUCAGCUGCAGGAUAGCCACAUUGCCAACAGGCAGCUUGGUUUCCACUGCCAGGAGUGUGGGAAGCAAUAUAACACUCAGCUGGGUUAUAGACGGCACCUGGUGGAAGCUCACAGUGCUGGCGCAGGCCUGCCCUGUUCCGAAGGUGCACCAUCGCUGCUGGAGCACCUGGGUGGUGGCCAUAUUGAUAGGCCUCCUCCAGCAGAGGGCAACAGUAAUGCUGUUGUGGGAGUGAGAGAGAGGAAAUAUUCCUGUGAGCGAUGUGACCGCCGUUUUUACACUCGCAAGGAUGUACGUCGCCAUGCUGUGGUGCACACUGGACGGCGUGAUUUCUUGUGCCCUCGCUGUGCUCAGCGCUUUGGCCGCAGAGACCACUUGACCCGGCACUUGAAGAAGAGCCAUGCGCAUGAUGCAGGAUUGAUACCACUGGUUACGGCCAGUACUCCCGUGGCAACAUCCACUACCACCACCCAAUGUCCAGUGAAGGAGUCCAGCCCUUUAGCCUCAGACCGAGGCUCCGCCUCCUCCAAGGAACCUGUGGAGACCUUUACCAGGGACAUGUUCAACUCCUACCCCAUUACCAAUCCUGUCCCUGGGAUGAAUCACCCACAUGGCCUCAUGCAGGUCUCUUUGUCCUCAAGCAUGGGUGUCGGUCGCCACAUGCCUCAGCCAUCUCCUCACAACCACCACCAUCACUUGCAGCCUCUGUCAGCACCACAGCAGCAGUCAUACAGCAACAUGCCCAGGUACCAACAAGGAUCUACCUCAUAUCCUCGCACUGAAGUGGACAGCUUCCUGCUGGAUUUGCAGGGUGCCCCUCCUCCCCACCUCAGUUCCGUCAACUCUUCUACCUCUACCUCACCUCAAAGGGAGAUGCUUCCUGAAGGGAUGGGUGUUGGCAGUGAUCCCCACCUCGUGCCCAGGAAUCCUGCUGUCUCCUCAGCUGAGCUUUCCUGCACCACUAACAUGGAACUUGGGCCACUGUUGGGCUUCUUGCCUUUCAGCCUGCCACCUUACAGCUCUCAUGUGGGAAUGGGAGGGUUAAUGAUGGGUUAUCCUCCUGCCACCACUGCCACCUCCUCGCCAACCUCUUCCACUGGGUUGUCCUCUCAGGCUUCAGGCCCUUUUACCUUCUUCCAACCUUCUCAGGCUCAUGUGCCUCAGGGCCCCGUCGCCCACAACCAUAGCCAACUACCUCAGGCAUACAGCACUUCUGCUGUUAGCACUUCUAGCUCCUUACCACAUUACUACCAAGCCUUUCAGCAAUAAGCAGUUUUGUGUCGAACUAACCUUCACAUAUGGAUGUCUUUUUACUGUCAAAGGUCAAAUGACAAUUGAAACUAUAGAACAUGUAUACAUGUUAUUGCAAUUGAUUUUUGUUUCUCACAACAAAUCACCUCAUCAGUAUUACCUCAUUUAAAAAAAAAAAAGUAAGCUUGAAUGCACAAAUGUUGUCUAUCUCACUACAACCAACAGAGUAAUUCUUUUAAAUCUGUAAACAACAGUUAAUGCACUUGAUCCAGUUAUCACAUGUACUAUGUGAUUACUACCUGGUUUAACGUAACAGAGCAUACAGUGUAAACUCAGACGUCACACAAAUGUAAGUCCAACUUGAAGCACUGCGUUCUAAGAGGCCACACCAGCUUGGUGACACAAAUGCCACUGUGAUGCUCUUGCUUUUUUGUUACUGUUUUCAGGCAUCACUAAUUUAGAAUGCACUUAAGUUUAGUUUUCCUAAUUACAAAGUUUUUUUUUAAUUUUUUUUUAUAUUAUAUAUAAAAUGGCUAAAAGGCAAGCCUGUCUUAUUGCGUUGGUGAUGUGUAACCAUUUUUAAAACUAGUCUUUAGAUUAUCUGCAGACUGAAAUGUUUGACAAUGUAAUUUUGUGACAGAUGAUCUUUUGGUUACAAUGGUUACCGCAGUAUUUGAAACUACAUACCAUUUAAUAUACAUUGACCAGCCAAAACAUUAUGACUACAUACACAAUAAAUUAUCCAAUACUGCUGUAACCUGCCUUUACAAAGAUGAUGUUCAGUUUAGAUCGAUUCUACUGCAUCACGAGAGCUGUGUCUGAACUGAACUUUAUCUUUUUAAGGGCAGAAUAUUUGAUACAGCUCUUGUAUUGAAUUUCAUGUCGUGCAAACAAUCUUUAAUGUUGUGGCUGGUAUGCUCUUAAUGGUGGUCCAUCUGUUUCUCUUCUGUAAAGCUUCUGUUGUUUCGUGCCUUUACAUCUCUGAUCAAGGAGGCCUUCAGAGAGCAUGCAGCAACUACCGCAUUUUUACGACCAUAAGACGCACCGUAUUAAAAGGCGCAGUCUCAGUUACGGGGUCUAUUUCUAUAUUUAACACACACAUAAGGCGCACCGUAUUAUUGGGCGCAGGCAUGGUAAAACAUAUGCUAUCUUAAAAGAUACGGUAGCAUGCAUGCACGCUAAAACAAUGUUUUUAAAAAGGCAGUGGGAGCAAAACUGAGUUCGGUUGUACUUUAUUGAAGUAUUUAACAAUGUACUCACGUUAUUUUUUUUAUCAAUCCUCAUCUUCUGUAUCCCAAAUGAACAGCUGGGCAAGUUAGCCAUCAAACACGCCAGUUUCCCUCUUGUCAUUGUCAGAGUCAGUCUCUUCGCCGUGCGGCUCAGAAAUGAUGCCGGCUUUUACGAAAGCUCGAACAACAGUGCAAGCAGACGCGUUAGACCAAACAUCCACAAUCCAUUCACAAAUUGUGGCGUAACUCGCCCGGCGCUGCCUCCUCGUCUUAGUAACGCUGUGUUCGCCAUCUGUCAUCCAUGGCUCCCACGCCGCUCGCAACUUAACUUUGAACUUUAUCCAGCGGUUGGAGUUCCUUUGUCAAGCCUCCCGGAAUGAUGGCAAGCUCCGAGUUAUUGGACUCAGUCGAAUGGUGACUGUAGAGACGCUUCUCCCGGCUGUUCUUUGCUCAUUAAUCCAUUCCUCGAGUUGGUCUUCCAACUCGGGCCACCUCACCUUGUUUCCGCGUUUUGUUUUUCUUUUUUUUCCCCCGGAAACUCAGCUUUGUCUUCUUGACUUGCCGAAGCUCGUUUUCCUGCUUCCUCCAGUUGCGAACCAUGGAUUUGUUGAUCUUGGAAUUCUCUCGCGGCUGCUCGAUUCCCAUGUUCCUCCGUGUAACUAAUAGCUUGCAGUUUAAACUGCUUUGGAAGCGUGUCUCUUCGUAGGUGCCGUUUUCGGGGGUCCUUAGCCAAACCGAUCCACAUACCGGAACUAUAUACCUACUGGGGGCGUGUCUUUAGCCUCCUCUGUCACGCGCACCGUCCCCCUUUACGUCCGCAUGCUGUCCUCAGUUACGUCCGCCUUCCUCUAUAUAAGGAGCGUGUCGGCAGGAAAUGCUCCCAGUCAGUCAAGCGGAGCUCUCAUUUAAGUCACACAGCAACAUUGACAGAUUUUGGAACUUGGUGCACACACAAGGUGCGCCGCUUUAUAAGGCGCCCCGUCCAUUUUGGAGAAAAUUCAAGACUUUUAAGUGCGCCUCAUGGUUGUGAAAAUACGGUAUGCAGUUGUAGCAUGACUCUAUACACUUUUAUCCACCAUGCCUAAGUGUCUUACAAGGAACGUACAGUUGAUCACUGUGCAAAUCAGAAGACUCACCUCAGGAGCUUGACUGAUAUUUAAAAUAAUAAAAUGUGUAGUUUAUUUUUGAGGAAAUAAUAACUAAUAGAUGCCUGUGAAUAUUCUCAUUCAUCCAGGUCAUUGUAAUCACAGGGCAUUCAGUCGAUAGUUGCGGGAUUGUUAAAUUUGUCUGAGAUGGUUUGCCUCUAAUCUGAGCAGGCGUCAUCAGUUCAUGCUCAAAGACUAGCUAGGACAGUUCUAGAUAAGUCUUGAUAGACAUUGCACAGUGCCCUUCUGACAUUCCUGUUUUAAACAUAAUAAUUCUGAAGGCACUUGUCAGCAAAAAUUCAUUUUGCCCCUCCAAAAUUAUUACUUAUCAGUUAAAUAUUACUGAUGGUAUUUUAAUUGCAGAUGAUUGUUGCUACUUUGGAACGUCUUAUUCCUGUUUGUUUACAGGGUGUCCAUAUCACAUACUGCAUACAUGCAUACCAGAGCUUGAUUAGCUAAAGUAACAAUCAAAAAUUGGUCAACUCAGCCCGGGUUUUAAGCAAAGAUUUAAGGGUCAUGUGUGAAAAUAAUGUCAAAUACAGUAGUAAAACGUGAUUUUUGACCAACAUGUUUCUCAGCAGUGUGUGGUGUCAUGUAUGUCUCCUUUAAUGUAAUUGUAGCAAGAAAAGUGCUCCACCACCAAGGAGUUUAAUGGAAUCAGCAGGCAUUCACAGUCACCUACAGCCAACUGUCUCAGUCAUCAUGAGGUGUAAUGGCAUGGAAAAACUUUUAAUAAUUUUUUUUUUUUUUUUUUUUUUUUUUUUAAUAUAAACUCCAGACCCUUUACAUCUAUAAGAAUUACCUUGGUUUUAGUUUUUGAAGCCCCCCACCACCAAACUGUUCGAUUUUAGAGAGAAUUGUACUUGUGGAUAUUUUGAUGUCUGGAAGUGUCCAAAUGCUGAACAGUUUUUGCCAUAUAAACUUACUAGGAUAUUUUUCUUCUAAAGUGUCGAGACUGAAAGACCCUAGUUUGAAAAUGUUACCUAGAUUGGCUGAAUUGGGUUUAAGUACAACCGCUGGCCUUGAGUAGAUACUGGAUCUUUGGUGUCUAGUUGCCAUUUGUAUAUAUAUAUAUAUAUAUAUAUAUAUAUUUUUUUUUUAGGCAAAAUAUUGGCGCAUUAACUAAGGUGACCUGGGUUUUUUAAAAACAAGUUUAAUUUAGGAAUUUAGGUCUUCUGGAAGUAAGCAACUAUGGUCAUUGCUGUUUUGACUUAGCACAGUAAAAGUAUUCUAGAAUAUGUGUAGCCUUUUCUAAAAUUAUCAAUGAAUUGUCAGCCAAUUUUCCUUUGGCAUUUUACUGGCUCGCAAGAGCUUCUAAUGAAAUUGGGACUGAAACCCACCCCCAUAUUGAAGACUUGCAAUCCAUUCCUUUUAUAAUCUAGUCACAGCUGUGAUGAAUGGAUCACAACUGGGAUUCCCGUAGUAGGAAAUCCCUUCAUGAACAUUGCUCCAAGUUCAAGGGACUGUUGUGAUCCUGGAAAGAAGGCAUGCAAAGAGAUAAUGCUAUCUCUUUUAAAUCCAUUAACUCUGCUGAUUGAGUGUUCCACUACCAUUGUCACUAGCCUCAGUGUUGCACCAAUGUCAAAAUGCUACUGUUGUGUGUCUCUCUCAGAGUUUCUAAUCUCUUGACAGGGUUAAAGCACUUAUGACAUUUCAAAAAAAAAAAAAUGUUUUGUACCUCAAAUACACAGAAAUAAGGGUUUCUGUUUUUCUUUAUAGUUGUAGUUAUUGUGCAGCGUUUUCCAUUUAGUUUUAAACUUUUGAUGGUAGCUUUUGAGUUAACUUUUAAUAUAGUGGCAGACAUUGAUUAUUAUAAUAUAAUAAUUAAACAUUCUACCUCUACCUUGGCAUAUCUUUCUGCAAUAUCGUUAUAAAAUGUUUAAAGCUGUAACAUACAUUUUACCACUGAGAAUGAGUGUUUAAAAUUAACUUUGAAGGACAGGAUACACACUCUGAUCAGAGUUGUAUUCCAUUGAAUCAAGCAUUGUUCUGUGUAGUUGCCUUUAAUUAUAUUUUUACUUAUUUACUACCUCAAAAGUGACAGGCAACUGCUCAUCUAACAGCAGAGAAAAUUUUUAGGACUUAAUAUUGUGUUUGCUGUAGCUCCAUAGUUUGAGAUACCUCUUUACGUAAUAUCAAGUACAGGCUAUUUUCUGCUUGACUGAUGUUAGUGCUGCUCCAGCCUGUAAAUGUAAUUGUUACAUUAAGGAAAGCAGGCAGGAUUCACAGUAAGCAUCUCCUGAAAUGAACAUCACUGCCACUUGUUACACAUCUUUAACUGAAUUAUCUUUAGUAUUUUUGUAUCAGACAAAGGACCAGAAUAUUUUCUAACAAGGAAAAAAUGAUAAAUGCAGUACUUAAUAAGAUUUGGUUUCAUUCAGUAUUUUUAACAGAUUUCAAAGAAUUCAGCUGAAAGUGAUGCUUAUGUGUUUUGCUGUUCCGAAUAUUGACAAUGAAAGCCCUGUAAAAAACAAACAAUAAUUUGCCAUGCUGUCCUUGCAGGAAGAAUAAUUACCUGUCAUGUCAAUACAAACCAUGUGCAUGUUUCUAAAUACAUCUGUGUUACACUAAUAUGCUACAAACGUGGCAAAUGAAUGUCAACCGGGCUUUGGUUCAAGGUACUUACAAAUGCGAGGAUGUCAGGUGUUAUGUCACAUCAGUAUGUAACAUUUUAAGCCUGUCCACAUAGUGUAUAUGUCGUUACACUGUGGUCCAUGGUAAAAAAUGUGUAAACAACUCAAUUUAUGUUUACUUUUCCGAAGUAAAAAUGCAAGCCAGAUCUCACUUUACAUCUUUUAUUGUGGAAUACACUUAACCUAUUUGUAAUACUAAUUUGAUGGCUGUGAACCAAGCUAAUUUUUUCUUAGUUGUUUGCAUUAUCACCGUAUAGCAACCAAGACCAAGAAAGCAAGGUGAAUUGUCAUUUUCUUGUUGUCUAGACAAAGCAAAGCAAAAUAAAUAUGUAGAUUUACUCUAAGUUGCUUUGUUUUUAAAUUGGAGCUGGAGCUCUGGAAGCGGGUCCAAUGAACUGAUUGUGGAUAAACUAGUUGGUAGACAAAGGGUUGGUUUGCAUAGAAAAAAAGGAUUGGGGUGGAAGAAUAGAACAUCAUUUAAAAAUAGCGCAUAAAUACAUCCACCCUUAACUAGAAUGGCUAGCUGGAGAGCACAAACUAACACUAAAGAAUUGUAAUUAAACAUUUUACACCUUCAUACACAUCAUAAAAUUGAAAUAAUAAAAGAUCACAUUGUUACAGGCCAUGACUAUUUUGUCAUAC